UUUUUUUUUAAGUUGAUUUUCUCUUUUCUUUAGGAGAUCGGUCUGGAAACACCUCAGUGGUCUGCUUCAAAGAGUGCUCUUAAGGCUGCUCUCUGAUUGGCUCCUCUGUCCAGCCCACACCCAUUAAUUCUCACAGUAUCUCUCUUCUCUCAGGGUUUCACUCCGUAUCCUUGGCUGGCCUGGAACUCAAUAUGUAGACUAGACUGUCUUCAAACUCACAGGUAACCAAGCACUGAUUUCAGCCUUCUGAAUGCUGGAGAAUAAAGGUUUGCACCACAGCUUUUUACACACACACACACACACACACACACACACACACACACACAGAGAGAGAGAGAGAGAGAGAGAGAGAGAGAGAGAGAGAGCGCUUCCUCUAGGCUUUUCAAAAAAAGAAUUUUUAUGUGUAUGAGUACACUGUAGCUGUCUUCAGACACACCAGAAGAGGGCAUCAGAUCCCAUUACAGAUGGUUGUGAGUCACCACUCGGUUCCUGGGAAUUGAAUUCAGGACCUCUGCAAGAGGGGUCAGUGCUCCUAACUGCUUAGCCAUCUCUCCAGCCCUCUCCCUACUUUAAAGAGAAAUCUUAAAGGAUUUAAUUCUCUCUCCUCUAACCCGAAACUCAUAACCUUGAGGCCCUUUCAUUCUAAUAAACCUCAUCCUUCAUAUGAAUUAUGAAUUGUGUUGGCUUCCUUUCUGAGUUAAUGCCCCCCGCCCCCGAUAUUUAACAGGAGACACACUCUCGAGAAAGAAAAACCCACUCCAUAUUUUUUUUAAGUUAUUGUGUUGGGUCACAUUAGUAGCGCUCAUACGGUCCAUGCAGGGCUGGACACGCCGGACUGAUUCCUAUUACGCCUUCCAGCAAUGCAUACACAUGCUGCUUUGGGAAAGGGGGAAUCGCUGCAAUUUUUCAUUCUUCCAUUCACUUACCCCAAGUGCCACCAUAGGCUCGAUUACUCUACUCCCUCCCUAACCGGGCGUCUCACAGGGCAGAUGUUAUAAAGGAGCCACAAACUAUCAUCACUGUCCAUUCAUUGGCCAGAGCCUCGCUCGUAAGCUUUGCGGAGCUACUGUCCAACCGCCCAAGGCGCUCGGGAUUGGCCUACGUCAUUUCCUUAGUUCCGGACACAGUCCACGCAGUAACCUGUCUUUGCAGAGACUGAUAGGCGUGUCGGGCGGGACCAGAGCGCGCCCCACUCAGCGAAAGCUGCCGUCCCUCUUUGCCUUGAGCGCCGCAGCCCUGAGAAUCGCAUCUGGCUUGGAAACAGUCCUAAGACUGGAGUCUCGAAGAAAGCCGGAGACAGUCGCGAAGAACGGAGGACGCCCAGAGACUCUUCGGCUUCCCGGAAGUGGAACCGAGCAUACCCGGAAGGAGCUAAUCCCACCUGAAGAUUGCUGAGCACCCGCAGGCGUUAAGCCUAACGGAGUCCACGUCAUGGCGGCGGAUGGGACAGGUGUAGUCGGAGGAGGGGCUGUCGGCGGCCCCCUGUCCAAGGACGGUUUGCUGGAUGCUAAGUGCCCAGAACCAAUCCCCAAUCGGCGGCGCUCUUCCUCGCUGUCCCGUGACGCGCAGCGCCGAGCCUAUCAGUGGUGCCGGGAGUACCUGGGCGGAGCCUGGCGCAGAGCGCGGCCGGAGGAGCUGAGCGUUUGCCCCGUGAGGUCAGGGGUCAGCCUCACACUCCUCCGGCGGAGGCCUCAGCAACCUGCUCUUCCGAUGCUCGCUACCGAACCACGUGCCCAGUAUGGGCGGGGAGCCCCGGGAGGUGCUGCUACGGCUGUACGGGGCUAUCUUGCAGGGUGUAGACUCCUUGGUAUUAGAAAGCGUGAUGUUCGCCAUUCUUGCAGAGAGAUCUCUAGGGCCCCAACUUUAUGGAGUGUUUCCAGAGGGCCGCUUGGAACAGUACCUCCCAGUUACUGGGUACAGAGCCGGCCAUUGAAAACUCAAGAGCUCCGGGACCCAGUGUUGUCAGGAGCCAUUGCAACAAAGAUGGCCCGUUUCCAUGGUAUGGAGAUGCCCUUCACCAAGGAGCCCCGCUGGUUGUUUGGGACCAUGGAGCGGUACCUAAAGCAGAUCCAGGACCUGCCGUCCACUAGCCUUCCCCAGAUGAACCUGGUGGAGAUGUACAGCCUCAAGGAUGAGAUGAAUCACCUCAGGACGUUGCUAGACGCUACACCGUCCCCAGUGGUCUUCUGCCACAAUGACAUCCAGGAAGGAAACAUCUUACUGCUCUCAGAGCCAGACAGUGAUGACAACCUCAUGUUGGUUGAUUUCGAGUACAGUAGUUACAACUACAGGGGCUUUGACAUUGGGAAUCAUUUCUGUGAGUGGGUUUACGAUUACACUUACGAGGAGUGGCCUUUCUACAAAGCAAGACCUGCAGACUACCCCACUAGAGAACAGCAGCUCCUUUUCAUCCGUCAUUAUCUGGCGGAGGUUCAGAAAGGUGAGGUCCUCUCCGAAGAGGAGCAGAAGAAACAGGAAGAAGAUUUGCUGAUAGAGAUCAGCCGGUAUGCCCUGGCCUCUCAUUUCUUCUGGGGCCUAUGGUCCACCCUCCAGGCUUCCAUGUCCACUAUAGAGUUUGGCUACUUGGAAUACGCCCAAUCUCGGUUCCAGUUCUACUUCCAGCAGAAGGGGCAGCUGACCAGCUUCCUAUCACCUUGAGGAUCCAACCCCCACCUCAGAUUUCUCCUGGAGCCUCCGGGGCAGGCCCUCGGAGGGAGGGGCAAAGAGCAGAAGCCCCCAGAGCUUGGGCUGUGCCUCUAAGUGAGACUGUCGUUGAAGUAGCUGACCUCCGUACUCCUUUCUUAGUACUUGCCCAAGGGGGGCAUCUGACAGCCCCUGGGGCUGUGCACCUAAAUAAAUGAACUUCACAAAUACAA